AGUACGCAACCAGGGACCGUCCGCAGCACUACACUGCACAACGCACGAGGACUGCAUCCACAAAGUCGCCAUUUGCACCUGUACCGUGUGCACGAACGUCCAGAGUCAGUGCCCUGACGUCUUCGAACAGCCGAAGGAAGAUUGGGGAAACUACGACACUCAACCUGGCCAAGACUCCUACGACGAACCACCUCUAGAGAACACGCCGCCCAGGGACUCAGACAGCGAAGAGAUGGGGUAAAUCCUUAUCAGAGAGGGCUGCCAUUACUAACAAAUUGAGGUAAGAGUACUUAAAUCUACUUAUGAAGUAGUCCAAUAUUGAUGCUGAACACUUGAUAUUUCUUUUUAGUUAAAAUUCCUUAAAUAUGUGUUUGAUUGAGUUGAUCAUUUUUUGCACAAGGUUUGUGAGCUCGACCCUAAGUUUUAGUGGAUCUAUAAGCAGUCACACCACAAGCAUGAUAACAAAACGAGCAUUUAAAUUUCAAGGAGAUAUAUAAGAAUUUUUUUUUAUUAUAUGUUUCUAAUUAUGUUUUUAGUGACAAUCCACAAAAAAGUAUUUUGUGUGUGGUAAAUGUUAUUCAAUACAUUUAAAAUAUUGAUUUAUAUUUGUUUAGGUAAAACUAUCUAGUGUAGUAUGUAAUAAAUGCAGUGUAUCCCUCAAAGUGAGUCAUUUCAGAAUUUUCAGUUUGUGCAAAAUAAAAAAAGUGUGUGGUUGUGCAAGUCACACACGGUAGAAGUGAAACUUCAGAAAAGUCCCAGGGCCCUAUUUCAUAAACACAGUAAUAAUAUUAGUUCCUAAAUAGUAGUGAAAUAAAAAGUAGCUAUUAGUGUAGAAAUUUGUGUUUCAUAAACAAAGUUGAAGGACUGCUAUAAUAGUUCACUAAUUUUAUUAGGUUAUUAGUCAGCUGAUGUUGGUGGGUAUUAUUUUGAUGUUUACAUUUUUGAACAUUGUGUAGAAAUGGCUAAAAGAGAACUUAAAAAAAGGAAAUAUUAAAAUUUUCGAAAAUAAAGAUGUUCUGUUUGGUGCAUUUUCUGGCACUUUAACAAAAGAUGUGAAGAAGUUGUGUUGGUCAGAAAUACGUGAUUAUGCAUUAGCAUUUGGUUUAGUCAUAAACGACAAAGACUAUGCCAAUUGCCCUACAGACAGUAGCUUUAGAAACAUUGUGCAUGUCUGCUAUGCAGUGGUAUUGCACACCACUACCAAGCCAGUGUAGUGCUAUUUGCAGUGGUUGCUUAGGUGAAAGUGCCUGGUUCCGUGCUGUUGGAUGGAAUAAAAAAGGUUAAAUGCUUGUGAGCACAUAAUUAAAAACACCACGUGUUAACCUAACACGUUCAUUGUACUCAUAUAUUUCCUCUAACAACGUAUAGGUUUUCCUUUCUUGAAAAUGUCUCGGACAUCUUACUAUUACAUCAUCAUCUUCACUUCCAUUAGAAUCUGAGGAUUCCAUUUUCUUUGUUAAAUUUUUGUACUACACAAACAGAUACCACUGCUGUUCUCUAAAAAUUGAUAACUCUUAAAAUGAUUUAUUAUAAAGCCAAGAUUGAUAAAUUUCAGUGCUAAUAAUCAGUGCAAUAUAUUUGUGUUUGAAGUUUAUGAAACACUCUUGAUUUUGAACUCAUUAUAUCACUCAUUAUUAGGAGUCCUACACUACUAGCUACUUUUUUACACUACUAGUUUUAUGAAACAAAACUUAUAAUUAGCAGCUACUUCUAUGACUCCUGACUCCUAAUUAUGAGACUAAUAAGUUUUAUGAAAUAGGGCCCUGAUUAAAAAAUAAUAUUCCACGCAUGAUAUUUGUUUGAAUUUCUUUUAAAUAGCAUAUUCUCUGUUGGACUCUAAAUAUUUACACGCUCGUGGGCUCAUAACUAUAUUAGGUACGGUGUGUGAUUUAGUUGAUCAAAUAAUAACUCAUGACAAAUAAUUACCUAUGUCAAACUGAAGCGUGAAAAGUAUCAGACCAGCUAUAAAUAUUUAGUUAAACAGCUAAAACAUUACUCAUACAACACUGUUUAACAAAACUGAUUUACACAAGUAAUUAAAAUAAUACCUACUUGUGAGAACGCCAUUUCAUCGCGAGGUUGUCCCGUGGCGCGGUGCACAACAAUAACCUCGAACCCCGGCGUGUUAUCGUCUGCCCCAAGCCGUGUGUGGCGACAUGCGCAGGCGUGUUACAACCGGCGCGACCCGCCUAUCCCUGCAGCAUGGCGGGGUGAAACCUAUGCAGUACGCCGCCACGUGCCGGCCGAGUUCUCUGUACUGUCUGCAACAUAACUGCGGCGGAAUUCUUUUCACAAAAUUCCCCCUCCCCAGGAGCGUUGAACGCAUUAGUGCUCCAUGGUAGCAUUAAACGUUUAACGCAACCUUGUUGGAAGUCGCAUUAGAAAAUUCACUUCAAAAAUUAUGAGAAAAAACCAAUUGUUGAAUUUGUAACUCUGAAAUGUUCAAGUAUAGGUAUGGUGACAGCUAACUAGUGGUAGGUGAAAUUUACUUUUCUUACAAACAGAAUCACUAUUUUGUACAAAGAAUGUCUUUCACAGAGUAGUAUGUAACCUAUUUAUUUGUGCUAAAAUAUCUAUAUGAAAUAAAGAUUUCGGGGGCAUUAUAGGUGGCCUUGACAAUUAAGAACCACAACAUUUGGGUCUUGAUCAAUAUUAUGUUUCACAUACUUACAUUCAAAAUAAGUGAUAUACAAUUAAAAUAAAUUUGCAUGUUUAUAUACAGUUAUAAAUGUGCUUCAUGUAAUGAGUAAUAAAGUAAAUGUGUUUUUUACAUAACUUUCAUGUUACUAUUCCCAUAAUACUUAAUGUAUUUUUGUAAUAAAAUUAACAAAAUGACAUGUAUUAAUUGCAUACGCUUAGAUUGUAAAACAAACAUUGGAAAGUAUGUAUUAGACUUAAAAAAACAUAACUAUAUUUCAGAUAAAUAAAUUUUUGCCUUUGGAUACUCACAUUUGCAUUUGAAUGGUUUUUCAAGAUACCUACUGGGAUUCAUAUAAAAAUAACUUACAAACUUAAGCUCUUUAAUAAUACAUGUAUUGUUAAUGUCGCCUAAGGGCCCCGAGUUGAAAAUUAUGACUAACACAUGCUUUGAACCAAUUUUUUUCAGAAUCAUGGAACAACACGGCCGCUCGUAAGGAAUAAGUAACUAGGCUAGUCUUAACAUGGUAAUAGGCCUCUUGGGGAACUCGCCAUGUAAAAUAAAGAGUAACGAGUUGUGUGCUAUACCUCCUGAUGUAUACCCCCUGUGGUAAACUUCUAAGUUGACUUGGAAACUGGCACAGGUAGCAGGGGCCUUUUGGUUUUGUUCCUGUGACUAACUGCACUUGCAUCUGAAGUUUUCCCUCAGAAGUGAAGUGUUUGUAUAAAUCAAAACCUAAUUUUUCCGAAUAUAUAAAAAAAUUAUUAAAUGCUGCUGGUCAGCAGAAAAAGAUUAUUUACAAAUAAUAUGAAUUUUAUAGUUAGUUUUGUUACUUUAUAAAAUAAAAUAGUCUUGCAAAAUAAAACAAUUCAUGGAAAAAGUUUGAAGUUUCAUUUAUUCCAUUUGUUACACAAUGAAAAAUUACCAAUGACAGCUACACCUGGGCCCUUGCUGUCUCGUAAUCAUAUCGCGCAGAAGAUAUCGUGUAGAAAAAAGAAGUAAAAUAAAUGGAGGUAAAUAGAAGAGGUGUCAAAAACAACCCUAAAAUCAGAAGGGGGUGAGGGGUUUGUUUGUCUUGACUUAUUAUCAUUCAUGUGGAAUCCACCAACUCUUAGUAUCUGUCUGUAAAAUACAUGGACACAAAUUUAAUUUUUGGAUCCGCUCGACUCCGCUGCGCCCGCGACUAUCGCCCGGAAACUCCGCCGCGGGAAAACUACCGACUCCACUGAAUUCACUCACUCCCUAGCCUGGAACCCAAGUCCAAGGACUUUGCCACUCUGCCGCACCCGCGGCACUAUCGCCCGGAAACUCCGCCGCGGGAGAACUCCCAACUUGAAUACUCCGAACUGGCUCAUCGGCCGGCGUCCUUGGGCAUAUAUAUAGGCCGCAGCGCAAUUCCAGAACUCACGAGAGCGGCCGAGGCCUGUCGCGUUAUUUCGAGCCGGGCCGACGGCAUAAAUCUCUCGAAAACAUGUGUCAGCGGCUCGCGCAACUCCCAGCUGUCAGAUGUCAGUUACGUGUCAAAGGCAGGGCACCGCGAAGGGGAGUGGUGGGAAGGAGGGGGGAAAGCGACAAUCCUUGUUAAAUCCAGGCGUGCGCGGCACAUAUAUUGCUGCAGUCGCCAGGCAGUUCUCCUGCACGUUUCCUGGCCAAUUUCACGUUCGUAACAAUAUAUUAACUAGAACUUAAAUAUCUCACUUGGUGAAAAUAAUAAAUCCAUCCAGUCUUGCAGUUCUUCACAACUGUAAAGAGAAAAUAAAUUUUCUGUUCUUGAGUAAAGGCUGGGCUACAUUCGCAAUAGCCCGCAAACAGCACAGACGCACAGAAGUUCAAUAUACAUUAUUAGAUAUGAGCUGUUACAUUCGCAAUAGCACGCAAAUAGCACAGACGCACAGAAGUUCAUCAUACACUAUUAGAUAUGAGCUGCCACAUUGGGGGUGAGUGAGUGAGAGAGAUUGUGGGAGCGCAUCGGCAGCUAAGGCCAUUAGCACCCACAGAUUUGUACAUUACAAGGAGAACUAAGAACGACAGUUAAAAUUUCCCCACUGGGGAGAUGACAACGACCAGGGAAACGUGACGCUCAGUACACUUCCCUGUGGGACACCGUUCUCCUGUACGUACACACGGGAGAGAGUAGUGCCAUUACGAACCUGAAAGAAACGAUGUUGCAUAAAACCUGAAAUAAAAAAAGGGAGAUCGCCUUGAAGGCCCCAGAUCUUACAGUUGUUGAAAAAUACUAAACCGCCAUGUUGUGUCGUAAGCCUUUUCAAGGUCAAAGAAGACAGCGAUAACGUGCUGUCUGUGAAGGAAGGUGUCCUGUACCAGUGCUUCCAAGACCACAAGGUGGUCGACAGUCGAGCGAUUAUGCCUGGAGCCACAUUGGAGAGGUGAUAGGAGCCGCCACGCCUCAAGGUAAUACACCAGGCGGGAAUUCACCAUUCUCUCCAUGGUCUUGCAUAUGCAACUGGUAAGUGAGAUAGGGCGGUAGUUGGAUGCCUCAGAUUUGUCCUUCUCUGGCUUUAAAAUAGGCACCAGACUGCCUCGAGUGAGACAAUGCCUUCUCUCCAGCUCUGUGAGCGUGAAUGGGAGGUUAUAGUUUUCCUCGCUAGAGGAGCGGAAGUCCACUCCGGCACCCUCGUGACGCGCUUUGAGGUUUUGGAAGGCGGGAGGAUACCGCGCACUGCUCGAGACUUCGGAAAAGGCGUGGCCGAGCUGGUUGGCUAUGUCCAUUUCAUUCAGCACAAGGGUACCAUGUAUUUGGAGAUAAGGGAUGUAGGUGGAGGUAUGGUGUCCAUGUAGCUUCCGAAAUGUGGCCCAAAUAUGCUGACUUGUGGAAUAUACAUUUAAUUGUGAAAUAAACUCUCUCCAGGAAUUGCGUCUGCUCUCACGAAUGGUACGUCGUGCUCGUGCCCUGCAAAUGCGGAAUUCUUCCAAGCGCUGUUGUGUCGGUCGGGCCGUAAACCGUCAGAGUGCUCGCCGUCUGGCAAGGAUAGCAUCACGACACUGGUCAUUCCACCAGGGUGUGCGACCCCGACCGGUGGGCGAAGAUCUCUCCCGCAGAUACCAACAUUGAGGUGAAUUGCUCCACCGCCAUGUCCACAUCUGGAUUGAGGGUGGUGGGCACAUGGAGGUUAUCGCGGAAUUUUUCCCAGUCCGCUUUCUUAAUCACCCAUCGAGACGGAAGGUGUGGUGAGUGAUUCGUCAAGGUCUCCAGAAAGAUUGGGUAGUGAUCACUUUCACAGAGGUCGUUGUAAACAGACCAAUCAAAAUGGGUGAUUAAAGCAGGACUACAGAAGGACAAGUUAAUGCAGGAGGAAGAGCCAGUGUGAGAGGUAAAAUGAGUAGCAGAACCGGUGUUUAACUGGCCCAGGUUGCCACCUGUCAAGAUUCACUCGAUCACACGGCCUCUGCUGUCCCGAUGUGAGGAGCCCCACAGCUCAUUGUGGGCAUUGAAAUCACCAAUAACAAUGAACGGUGGUGGUAGCUGCGAGAGAAGAGCUUCAAAUUCGGCACGACGUAAGCUUUGGGUGGGGGGUAUGUACACGCAGCACACCGUGAUCAAGAUGCCGAUGUAGCUGCGAACCGCCACUGCCUGGAUUGGAGAAUGGAGAGGAAUUGCUUCAUGAAAUGUUGUGUCCCGUGCAAUGAUACUCACGCCACCGCAUGCAUGGUUAGCCUGCAGGUAGUCUGCGCGAUAGAAUGUAUGCCCUCUAAUAGAGGGUGAGUCAGUAGGAUGGAAAUGAGUCUCCUGCAAUCAGGUAAGCAAGGGUGUGCGCGAGGCGAAAAGCAGGUGCAGUUCAGUGAGGUUGCAGAAGUACCCUCUGCCAUUCCAUUGGAGAAGAGUCAUAAACCUAUUGAAGGGGGGUGGGAGGUUACUUAUUUGAUUUCAUUUUCCCCUUAUGUCUGUUGAGUACUGGUUUAAAUGCAUUUGAUUCAGUGUCUGUCUCCUCAAAAGGAAUGUCGUCAGAUACCAUCGCUGUCUCAACUUCAGCAGUCGAAGGGGUAGGUUGGCGGGAUGGCAAGCAGCGGGUCGCCUUCCGUUCACCUGCACUGGUACCGGCUGAAGUGGGAGGAGUUGAAACCUAUGCAUUUCCAACCCGCUUCGGUUGAGACUUUCCUGUUGUAGCCGUUGAGAUGGUCCGCUUUACCUGAUUAGAAGACAGGUCGCACUGUGUACUGACUGUUGCUGUCCUGGCGUUCGGGGAAGGAGUAGUCUUGGGUGAAACUGUCAGUGGAUCGGUCUGUGUUCCCACGUCGGAAGUCUGCGAGAACGCGUCUUUCGUCAGUGGGCGGGAGGCCACUACCUUGUUAAACAGCACUGAUAGCCGGGGGCCACGAAGUGACUGAAACUUCUUACGCGCAUCGAAAAAAGUUAUCUUUUCUUCCACUUGCAGCUUUUGGAUGGCCUGUUCGUCGUGGAAGACUGGGCAUGCCUUAGACCAUACUGGGUGUCCUUGAUGGCAGUUGACACAACUCAGUGGUUUGCUGCAUUGAGGCGAAUCAGAAGGAUGCUGUGGUUCAGAGCACUUCGGGCAAACCACGGGUUCUUGCAAUGGGCGGAAGAGUGACCGUAUUUCUGGCAGUUGUAGCAGCGGAGCGGAGACUGAACAAACUGUUUAACCCUCUCAUUCAGGUAGCCUACCUUUAAGGUAGGAGGGAGGUCCCGGAUACCGAAUGUAAGGAUAAGAGUAGCCGUAGGAGACAGAACACCAUCAGAUUUUUUAAAUACUCUGCGAACAUGGACUACAUACUGGGGUGUCAAUUCGUUCGAUAGUUCUGCAUCAGGUACAUCGAGCAGGUCUGGACACCAAAUGACGCCCUUGCACGUGUUCAGCGACACGUGGGGCUUGACCUCAACGGGGAACUUGACGGUCGCCCCGUUGAACAUUUUCAUCGCAAGCAGCCCACGCGUGGUCCAAUAAUGGAUUCGUAAUAGAAGGACAGACCAACACUGGAAAAUCCAUGCUUACGCAUCUGUUGACCAACGUGUUGGAACCUACAUUACUCUGCCGCGAAUGGGACAGGACAGGUUUCCACUUUGACCAACUUCCAAGUGCAACGUCCGUACUGUUCGAAGAACCAUUGAUAGACAACACAAACGUAGGAACAUGUAAAUUGCUAUUGGAAGGAAACGAAAUAACAACCGACAUGAAACAUUCAGAUAAAGAAAUAAUUGCAAGACUACCUAGCUUCAUAACCACAAAUUCACCUUUGUGGAACUGGUGCGAAGCUGUAGAAUAACCACCACUUCUAAUGCGCAUAUUCACUCACAAUUUAAAUAAACAAAAUUUCGCACCAGAACCUUUCGGCUACAUCAACGCAGCUUCCACAACAUCCGGCAAACGAAAGCGAUCCCCUAAACGAACUAACAUCUCAUCUACAACUACUAAGACCAAGGCAACAAAAGAACAACCUCCUGUUAAUAAUAACAAACGUAAGCGCACGAGAGACCCGCAGACAACUAAUAACAGAACUAAGCCGAGACUUUUCUCUACUCCCCUUAGAACGAAUUCCACUACAAGUACGACUACCACUACAGGACAAUAUAGACAACAUCCCGACAACAAUAAUCUGGCAGCACCUACGCCCUCCACAUCUUCAGCCACAGCCCAAUCCUCCGACGCACCAGAACACAUCGGCACAGACGAACACGACACCAGCAAAACGAGCGGCGGAAACACAAACCACAAACAAUACUUCACAUUUACCAUCAGAAACAGUCACGCAGAAUUCCAGGACCUCCGAGCCAGACUCCAUGCAACCAAAACGACCUCGUCCUUCCUCGCAACCUUCCACAGCGACCACGUCCACAACCUCUAUCACACAACCAACGGAAACUCCUCACGCCUCCUCAGUCGCAUCUCUAGAUUCCUUACUCCCUCACGUUCGAGCUCUACAGAAUGCUAUUGUACUCUACAACCAGUCCGCUACCUCGAACGAUUCCUUGCAUAUCUAUCACGUAAAGGUGUCUCCUUUCUCCUUCGGUCCGGUCUUCUGCCUUCCAGAAUAACAGACUUCUACACAAAAUCUCAAACAUCUGACACAGUAGCCGCUAUAAACACCAUUUGCGAGCCAUACAUAGAGGCUAAAAAGGAGGACAAUAACAGAACCAAAACAAAUCCACAACAAAAAAUAAACAUCGUAGAAACAAUCAACCUCCUCUUAGAUAAAUACAACACAAAAUCGUACCAACAAUUCAUCAACCAAGUUCCGUUGACAGACACCACCGCUCUCGUACAACUAGCUGGCACUUCCAUGCAAAGCUACAUACGACUAUUAAUCAAACUAAGGAACACAAAUAAAAACCAUGUUAAAAACCAAACACUACUACGAUCUGAUGCUAACUAACUGGUGCGAUCACGUAGAUCUUGAGAAUUUAGCUUGGCUGGAGAUGUUCUUUCAACAAAACGGUCUGGAAGCUGCUCGGUUCUAUUCGGAAUUCAUUAAAAUCCAAUCCUGCAUGUUGAAAAAGGUCAACGGAUUCGUAAUAGAAGGACAGACCAACACUGGAAAAUCCAUGCUUACGCGUCUGUUGACCAACGUGUUGGAACCUACAUUACUAUGCCGCGAACGGGAAAGGACAGGUUUCCACUUUGACCAACUUCCAAGUGCAAUGUCCGUACUGUUCGAAGAACCAUUGAUAGACAACACAAACGUAGGAACAUGGAAAUUGCUAUUGGAAGGAAACAAAAUAACAACCGACAUGAAACAUUUAGAUAAAGAAAUAAUUGCAAUACUACCUAGCUUCAUAACCACAAAUUCACCUUUGUGGAACUGGUGCGAAGCUGUAGAAAAACCACCACUUCUAAUGCGCAUAUUCAUUCACAAUUUAAAUAAACAAAU